AUGCCUGCGCUCUCCCCGACAAUGCAGGCCGGAAACAUUGGCGCAUGGCAGAAGAAGCCCGGAGACCAACUUGCCCCGGGCGAUGUUCUGGUAGAAAUUGAGACAGACAAGGCACAGAUGGACUUCGAGUUCCAGGAGGAGGGCGUUUUGGCCAAGAUUCUCAAGGAUUCGGGAGAGAAGGACGUCGCGAUUGGAAAUGUGAGUACAUUCAGUCCCGGGAAAGAUGUGCAGAGCCGGACUGACAACACAUACUAGCCAAUCGCUGUCAUGAUCGAGGAGGGCGGCGACGUCUCAGCUUUCGAGGAGUUCACAAUCGAGGAUGCCGGCGGCGAGAAGGCCCCUUCGGCUGAGAAGCAGAAGGGUGGCCAAGAGGCUGCUGAGGCCAGUGAAACGCCAGACUCCGGAUCGGGCACCGCACCACCCGCGCCAAAGAAAGAGGAGGCCCCUAAGGCACAAGAAUCCGAGUCGUCCGGCGAGAGGUUACAACUCGCCAUUGAGCGUGAUUCUGCCUUCGGCAAGGUCACCAAGGCUGCUGACAAGGGCACAACUGGAGCUGGUGCUGUCCCUGCAGUCGCUGGUGUUGUCUCCCCAGCCAGCUACGAAGAUCUUGAGGCCUCCAGCAUGCGCAAGACCAUCGCCGCCCGUCUGACCCAAUCGGUGAAUCAGAACCCUCACUACUUCGUCGCCUCCACUGUCUCCGUCUCGAAGCUCCUCAAGCUGCGCGCCGCUCUGAACGCUUCUGCCGACGGCAAGUACAAGCUCUCCGUCAACGACUUCCUGGUCAAGGCUCUCGGGAUCGCAGCACGCAAGGUCCCAGCCGCGAACAGCUCAUGGCGUGAGGAGAACGGCAAGGUCUUCAUCAGACAACACAACAACGUCGAUGUAUCUGUUGCUGUCGCUACCCCCGUGGGACUCAUGACUCCUAUCGUCAAGAACGUUACCGGAACUGGCCUCGAGACUGUAUCGUCUCAAAUCAAGGAGCUCGGAAAGAAGGCACGAGACGGCAAGCUGAAGCCGGAGGAGUACCAGGGCGGAACCAUCACCAUCUCCAACAUGGGAAUGAAUGAUGCUAUCGACCGAUUCACUGCUGUCAUUAAUCCACCGCAAGCCACGAUCCUCGCCGUCGGCGCCGUGAAGAAGGUCGCCGUACCAAAGGACGCCGAGAGCGGAGUCGAGGGCUUCGAAUGGGACGACCAGAUUGUCCUUACUGGCUCUUUCGAUCACAAGGUCGUCGAUGGUGCCGUUGGAGGCGAAUUCAUGCGGGAGCUGAAGAAGGUCAUUGAGAACCCCUUGGAGAUGCUGCUAUAA